CUCAGCCCCCCCGCCCAGACCGGAGAAGCUCGCCAGCCUGCCGCGGUCCGCCGUCCCCCCCCCCGCCUCCUCCCACCCUGCAGGCAUGGACACGGUGAUCCGGGAGCUGUUGCCGCAGCAGCAGCCGCGCACCAUCGAGAGGAGAGACCUGCAGUACAUCACCAUCAGUAAGGAGGAGCUCUCCACCAGCGACAGCCUCUCUCCAGACCCCUGGAAGAGAGACGCCCGCGAGAAGGCUGAGAAGCAGCAGCAGCUCCACAUCGUAGACCUGCUGGACAAAGAGAUCCAGGAUCUGCAGUCGAAACCGGAGGCGAACGGCGGAGGAGAGCGACCCGCCUCAGGAAGCUGAUGCUGGAGAGUGGCAGGUUCAGAAGAACGACUGCAGGAGUCCAAGCACAGCGAUGAAGACGAGGAGGAGGGAGGACGACGAGGACGUGGACACCAUGAUGAUCAUGCAGAGGCUGGAGGCCGAGAAGAGAGCCAGGUUGCAGGAUGAAGAGCGGAGGCGUAAGCAGCAGCUGGAGGAGAUCCGUAAGCGCGAGGCGGAGGAGCGAGCGAAGCAGGAGGAGGACCGCAGGUGGAGAGACGAGGCCCAGCGAGAGUCCGGGGAAAAGAGGAGACAGGAGGAGGAGUACUACACCCGUCUGGAGGCGGAGCGUCGCCGGCAGCACGACGUGGCGGAGAGGAAGCUGCUGACCCCCGACGACCCCCCCUCCGGAUAUAACUCGUACACUGGAAACUCAGCAGGAGUUGUAGGAUCAGGAGAAGUCUACAACGACCCGCGGGACAAAUGGACAAAGACUCAGGAGCAGGAGAACUCGAUCCCCAGCGGCGCUCCGGAGAGUAUGACCUUCAAGGAGCGCCAGCGUCUCUUCUCUCAGGGGAAGGAGGUUUCCAACAAGGUCAAAGCUUCACGCAAACUCAUGGAGCUGGAGAACGAGCUCAACACCAAGUGAUAGACCGAACCCAACACCACGUUAUAGCCCGAGCCUUUCCACCCCCCCCCCCCCCCCACCCCCCCAACUUCACGUCUCCCCGGUAAAGUGAAAGUGCUCCUGGGACAAAAAAAAAACACGGCGCUUUCUUUGUGUUUUUAUUUUUAAUCAUUGAAUAACUGGACCAUUCACUUUUUUUGACGUAGCUAUAUCGUUGCAAUAGGAGAGACAUUUAUGGCUUAAAAAAAUCUUCCUCCCCUCGUUAACUGUCAAAGAUAUAUAAUGAUAAAGCACUGUAAAAACGUUUUCAUUGUAUCUAGUGAGAAUUUGAGAAUCACUCGACAAAAGGGGGAUAUAUUUUUGUUUAUGAAAUGGUCCUUGGGGGCGAAGGGGAAGCAGAAAGGUUUAUUCUCAUUUUAAAUUUGUUUUUUUGAACAAUUUUACUGUGUUAUUUUAAAGCCUUUUUUUCCCACGGCUGAGCUCCAGACCAACUUUUAUUUUCUUGUUUUUAAAAAAAAAUUAAAUUCUCAGUGAGUGGAAACACUGUUAUUUCAUUCCGUAGCAAGAAAGCAUGGGAUUAUUUUUUUUGUGAUGUUUUAGAUGAUUCUCCAGAGGAGGAUCGUACAGGAUCUUUUAAGUGCACAACAAUACUGUAAAUAUUUGGGUCCACAACUGUCUCACUCUUUUACUACUGUAGAAACCUGCCAUGCUACUAAAAUCUGCAAAAACUAAUGUGAUUUAACAUAAAAUCCAACAGGAAGUACCGCUAAAACUGGACUGUAUUGAGUUACACUUUUUAAAUGUUUGGCCCCGAUCUGAGGUUAUUUUUUAAUCUAAUAGUCUUUUUAUUUGCAGAGUUGUGUGAGAUUAAUUUGAUGGAUUGUACCUGAAAUUCAAGCCAGAUUUCUUUUCAUUCACAAUGUGAUUAAUGUUGGUUUUCACAAUAAAUAAAAAAACUCUUUAAGUCCUUGUUUGCUUUACAGAUAUUUAUUCGUGAGGAGAAAAAACAUACUUGCACAAAAACCUGUUCAAUAUUAACUGUGUAUCUGCAAACUGUGUAGAGAAGUGGAUUACAUUUGGGACCUCUCGUACUGUGGUAAUAAUACAUCUGUGUUUUUCUGCAUUAGACAGAUAGUGUUCUCUUCUCACACCAGCGGGAAGAUCCAGAGGUUUUUGGGGGGUUUUAUCCCAAGGUGAUAUACUUGGGAUUGUACAAAUAUAUCUACACACACAAUUAGCAUAAUUCACCAACACUGCGGAUGUAAAAAAUGUGCCCCAGUUUAAAAAAAAAAAAUGGUAGUGAUGUUUCAAAUGUGUCUCCAUCCUGUGUGUGGAUUUCAUUUUCUCUCCAGGAGCCUCCACUAAAAACAGAUUCUUCACAAUGAGAUAAGAUGCUGUUAUAAUAACUGACGUGAGAAACACUUACAGACUACACGCUUCUCUCCACUCACAACAAAUCCUUUAUAGGUUUCAAAAUGAACUGAGUCAUUGAAAUGGUUCCAUGUUUAGCCUUUUGUAAAUCAUUAAUAAAUACAGAUUUUUCAACAGUG